CUCGGACCUGUCCGCAUCUCCUUGCAGUUACCCCGCUAACCGACAUGUCGACUAUGAACGGCGCAACCUCCCCCGAUAACCAUGGCAAGGGUUUCGCGCAGGUAGCGCCACCCAACUCGACCGGGAUCAAGAUCAUCGUAGUAGGGGCGGGCUUCGCAGGUUUGGCGUGUGCCAUCGAGAGUAAGAGGAAAGGACACGAAGUCGUUAUCUUGGAGAAAUUCAAGGAAUUGAAGGCCUUAGGCGAUAUCAUCUCCUUUGGCAACAACGCUGGACGUGUGUUCGAACGAUGGGGACUCCAUGAUAAAUUCUGGGCCGUGUGCAGUCACGUAGAGACGCUCAUGAUCCAUAACUCACAGGGCGAAUUGCUCCUUGAGCAGCCGAAUCCGGAUCCCCUCUUCGGCGCAUAUGCUUAUAAUGGGCACCGAGGAGAAUUGCAUACCAUGCUGUUUGACUACGCGCAAUCCCUAGGCAUCGAUAUCCGUCUGGGUCAGGACGUGACCGAAUACUGGGAAACAGAUAACGAAGCAGGCGUAAUCGCAAACAGCGAGAAAAUCGCUGCGGACGUCGUCGUCGGCGCAGACGGUGUCCGGAGCAGAGCACGUACGCUCGUUCUGGGCUACGAAGACAAACCGAAGUCUUCUGGGUAUGCCGUGUACCGUUCUUGGUUCGAUUGCGCCGAACAAGGAGUGGACAAAGACCCGAUGACCAGUUUCAUAUGUCAGGGAAAGGAUCUGUUCUACGGCUGGAUAGGAAAGGACGUCCAUUUCCUCGCGCACUCUUCGAGCGGAGGGAAGAAGUUGUCAAAUGUGAUCACUCACAAAGAUGACGCAGACAUUGCCGAGUCCUGGUCCUUCCCCGGGAAGAUGGAAGAUUGCCUGAAGAUCGUGGAGGGAUGGGACCCCCGUUGCGCUGCGCUGCUCUCGAAAGCGCCCUCCCUCGUUGACUGGAAAUUAGUCUAUCGUGACCCCAUGCCCACUUGGAUCAGCAAAGGCGCCCGCCUUGCACUUAUCGGUGAUGCGGCCCAUCCUUUCCUCCCGACGAGCCAACAGGGCGCCUCGCAGGCAGUCGAGGACGGUGUGACCCUCGCGGUGGUUUUACAGCUCGCAGGAAAGGAGAACGUACAUCUCGCCGUGCGCGAAUGGGAGAAAAUCCGCUACCAGCGGGUCCGUCGAGCCCAGCUUAUCGGUGAGAGCGUCCGCGACAUGUGGCACAAAGCGAAGCCCGAGGACAGGGGCAAUGCCGUGGCGCUCCCCAGGCCCGAGUGGUUACUUGGACACGAUGCGGAGAAACAUGCGUACGAGGUGUACGAUGCUACCACGAAGGAGAUCCAAGAGAAGGGCUAUGAGCUGCCCACGCUCCCACCGGUCGUGCCUGUUGCUGGAGCAUGAUUCUAGUAGACGGGCAGAAUGGAAAUCUUGUAAGGUUAUUUUUGUGUAUAGAUAGACUGGAGGUGCGGAGGUUGUAGGAUCGUAUUUACGCCUGGAACCUAUUGGGCAAAGUAGCAUUAGACAUUUGAACGAAGAAAUGCAGAGCCUACGGCUCAAUAGACCACG